AUGUCUGCUAGCCCCGUCCUGAUCGUCGGCGCCGGCAUCAGCGGCCUCGUCCUGGCCCAGUACCUCCAGAGCCAAGGCGUGCGCUUCGAGAUCUUCGAAAGCGACUCGGCCCUGGACGCACGCACCGGUGGGUGGGGGCUCACGCUGCACUGGGCCCUGCCGGCCCUGCGCGCGCUGCUCCCGCCGCACCUGGUGGAACGCUUCCCGGAUACCUUUGUCAACAAGGAGGCGUCUGCGCGCGGCGAUGUGGGGAGCUUCCAGUUUUUCAACCUCAAGUCCGGCGAGGCGCUGUAUAGUGUGCCCGCGGAGGAGCGCAUUCGUGUGAAUCGAGGCCGGCUGCGAGAGCUUCUCACGUCUGGGAUUGAUGUUCGGUGGAACAAGGUCUUCCGGAGCAUGGAGUCCUCUCCCGACAGUAUCACGGCCCAUUUCGAGGAUGGCACGUCGUACACAGGCAGUCUACUGGUCGCCUGCGACGGGGCGAGGUCGCGCGUCCGCCAGAUCUUGUAUCCGGGCGGGUGCCAGAUGAACUCGCUGCCGGUGCAGCUUCUCGGCGCAUCGGCCCUGUACAGCGCGGAGGAUCUGGGCGGGGCGCAGUUCAUUGAUCCGUAUAUUUUUCAAGGAUCCCAUCCCGACACCGACGUGUUUCUUUUCUUCAGCUACUUGGAUACACCGAAUAACUUUGAUGAGAGCAGCAAGGACCGGUAUCACAUCCAGCUUAUCGUCUCGUGGGCUGAUGAGAAGGGGAUUGCUGUGCCGAGGGGUAACACUGAUCGGGUCACUCUCAUGAAAAAGCUGACCGACAACUGGGCUGAGCCAUUCCGCUCCUUGGUCCAGAAACUCCCAGCAGACGCGGAGGCGCGCUCUAUCCGUCUCGAAGACUGGAUAUUCAGCCCCGGCCAAAAGCAUGAGCACCCUCGUGCCGUCCUUAUGGGAGAUUCCGCGCAUACCAUGACUAUGUUUCGAGGAGAAGGAGCCAACAAUGCCAUUGUCGAUGUCCAGGAUCUGAUCAAGCACGUGGAGAUGAAAAGUCCUGAGUCUUUCAGCUUGGACACCUUAUCCGCUUCACUUGCUGAUUACGAGAAGUGUAUCUUUGCCCGCGUAGAGCCCAGUUUUCUCAACUCCCGACAGGCCUGUCUGGACGCCCACGACUUCUCCAGGAUCGUGGCAGAAAGCCCUCUCGUCGCGGCGAGAGUGCUCAAGAAAGAGCCGUGA